AUGCCGCCUCGAGACACCAAAUUCAAGCUGAACACGGGCGCUGAGAUCCCAGCCAUCGGACUCGGGACCUGGCAGGACGAGGAGGCGCAGGAGAAGGCCGUCCUAGUCGCACUGCAGGCGGGAUACCGUCACAUAGACACGGCUGCCAUAUACGGUACGGAGGCAGCAAUUGGCAGGGCCAUCAAGCAGUCUGGCGUCCCUCGAAAAGAGCUCUUCAUCACCUCUAAGCUGUGGAACAACAAGCACAAGCCUGAAGAUGUCGAGAAGGCGAUCGACGACAGCCUGAAGAAGCUGGGCAUUGACUACCUCGAUCUAUAUCUGAUGCACUGGCCCGUCGCCUUUGCCCCAGGAGACGAGCUCUUCCCCAAAGACGACGCCGGAAAGAUGAAGGUAGUUGAUAUCGACUAUGUAGAUACAUACAAGGCGAUGGAGAAGCUGGUGAAGGCCGGCAAGACCAAAGCUAUCGGGAUAUCCAACUUUUCCAAGGCAGAGACCGAACGUCUGAUUGAAAACACCAGCAUCGUGCCGGCCGUCCACCAGCUCGAACUGCACCCUUGGCUCCAGCAGCCGUCUUUCAUCGCCUACCUGAAGACCAAGGGCAUCCACAUCACGCACUACUCGUCUCUAGGCAACCAGAACGAGACGUACGAACAGGACGGCAAGCUGCUCGAGGACCCCACCCUCACGGCCAUCGGCAAGAAGUACAACAAGUCCCCUGCUCUGAUUGCUCUCGCAUGGGGUAUCAAUGAAGGCCACUCGGUGCUGGUCAAGUCGAAGACGGAGCAGCGCAUCAAGGACAACUUCCAGGCAGACUUUGAGCUCAAGGCAGAGGAUAUUCAGUUGAUGCAUGAGAUGGACAAGAAAAGACGCUUCAACGACUCCAGCGACACCUUCAACUACAAGUUCUUCUCUGAUCUCGACUAG